AUGUUUAAGUGUGUGUGUCAGAGCCUUCUUUACCGCGCUAAUUUACUGCGAUUUUUAAGAACAAAACCCGCUGAUGCCGACAUGGCAACAGUAGUCCCAAACAUCGAGGACGCAAAUCGGAGUGGUAGUGGUUCCAGCACUACCAGCGCUUUAGCCGGGGAUGGAGAUUCGGAGGAGGCCGAGGAGUUCGCCUCAACAACCCACUGCUCUGAACUCUCCCGUAGACAGAAUGAGCAGAGGAAACUCGGUCUGUUCUGUGAUGUUACUUUGGUGUUCAGCUGUGGUGGGUUUUCGGAAACAGCAAGUAGUUUUGAAUUUAAGGCUCAUCGGUCAGUGCUAGCCGCCGCUACAGACUAUUUCACGCCUCUGCUUGGAGGACAGUUCUCUGAGUCGCUCUCUGGGCGAGUGGAAAUGAAGGAAUGGAGUUGCGAAACGGGCCCCGAUCAGGAGACUGUGGAAGGCGUCAUACAGUUUAUGUACACCGGAGAGAUAAGAGUAAGCACUGCCAACGUCCACGAAGUAUUAGAGCUCGCUGACAGAUUCCUGUUGGUGCAGUUAAAGGACUUCUGUGGUGAGUUCCUCAAGAGGAGGCUCAGCCUGGCUAACUGCGUCGCCGUCCACAGCCUCGCACACAUGUACACACUGGACCAGCUGGCCCUGCGAGCGGCGGACAUGAUCCGACGAAACUUCCACAAGGUUAUCCAGGACGAGGAAUUCUACACGCUCCCAUUCCACUUGGUCCGUGACUGGCUCUCUGAUGCGGAGAUCACUGUGGAUUCAGAGGAGGUGCUCUUUGACGCUGUGGUCAAAUGGGUCCAGCGCAACGUCGAAGAGCGGGGGAAAUAUUUUGAGGAAUUGUUUCGACUCCUCAGGCUUCCACAGAUCAAGCCUACGUUUCUCACCAGGGUUGUUAAGAACGAGCCACUGGUGGCACAGAACGCAACUUGCCUCCAGUUGGUGUCAGAGGCCGUUGAAGGCCACGCAAUCCGCUUUGAGAACCUCAAAUCGGCAGACACAGAGUUCUGGGCCUCAUACAUGGCUACAUUCCAGCCGAGGUUUGGGCAGAACAUGGAUGUGAUUAUGGUUGUCGGAGGGGUUUCAGAGGGAGGUGACUAUCUGAGUGAGUGUGUGGGUUAUUUUGUUUAUGAAGACCGUUGGGUCAACCUACCACAUAUCCAUAACCACUUAGACGGUCACGCCAUUGCGGCCACCGAUUCACACGUCUACGUGGCUGGAUCCAUGGAACCAGGGUUCGCCAAGACUGUGGAGCGCUAUAACCCUAACCGCAACACCUGGGAACAGGUUAGCAACCUGACGACGCGUAAGCACUCCUUCGGCCUCACGUGCAUCAAGAACAUCCUUUACAGCAUCGGUGGCCAUGGCAACUUUAGUCCCGGCUUCAAAGACGUGAGCGUGUACGAGCCUGACCAGGAUAAGUGGCACAACUUGGAGUCUGCCCCCAAGAUCCUGCGAGACGUCAAAGCCGUCAGCGUCGAGGACCGUUACAUUUACGUCACAGCGCGGACGCCCGUCGACACGGACAACGACGACGGAUUGAAGACAAUCACGACGCGCUACGACACGGACAGCCGGCAGUGGCAGGAAGUCGAUUCUUUGCCUCUCAUUGAUAACUAUUGCUUGUUUCAGAUGGCGGUUGCCUCCACCAACUUCUAUCACACGGCCUCUUGCUGCCCGAAGAGCUACACCACCGUACGGGACGAGGCGGCACGGCAGAAAAUCAGCAGCAGGAUCUCCGAUGACAUCCUGGAGAGCCUCCCGCCUGAAGUGACCAGCAUUGAGGGUGCGGCCAUCUGUUACCUGGGUGAUGACGUGUUUGUGAUCGGGGGCUGGAAGAACAGCGACGACGUGGAUAAGCAGUACCGUAAGGAGGCGUACCGUUACUGCGCCGAGCGGAAGCGAUGGAUGUUGCUUCCCCCCAUGCCCCAGCCGCGAUGCCGUGCCACCGCCUGCCACGUCCGGAUCCCUUACCGCUUUCUGUACGGGUGCCAGCGAUACCCCAUGCCACAGAACCUGGCUCGCCAGCGGGACCGCAUGCAGCAGAUGCAGCAGUUGCAUCGCCGCACGCUCACCCUGCGCAGACAGCUGCAGUCGCAGAUUGAGUGUUGAGUGUCCGUUGGAUGGGCUGUGUCACACGGAACUUAAAUAAGUUGUUGGAAAUGCAGCUGGCAUCAGCUGUCUGCUGUCAGCUUGUCUUAUAUUCCGUCUGUUUUUUGUUUUUGUUUUUUUUUUUUCAAAGUGGGGAGGGGUCAGCA